GUCGGAUUCACUGACAGUCUCCUCGACAGCUUCGAGACGCUCAAGCUCUCCUGCUACAAUAAUCUCAGGCUGAGUGUUUGAGUCCUUUUUGACCUUGUAGGUGAAGUCACACUUAAUUAGUUCAACCCAGUGAUUUCCGUGGCCCAUUCAAUUGCCUCACGUCUAGAAGGUGAUUUUAGCUCGAACUUGGAAUCUACACCGUAAUCUCGCAGCUGUUUUGAGUAUAUGAAAACAGAACGCAAGAAGUUCAAUGUACUCCAUUGUCGAAAGAACCGCGGUCAUUUUGGAAUUUACCUCCAACAACAACCAACACCUCAAACAUCAUGCCUUCCAACCCCAAGUCCGCCCGUAUGACCUAUCGUUUCCUCGGAAAUUCCGGUCUUCUCGUUUCCAAGCUCUCGCUUGGUAGCUGGAUGGACGUCAAUGACAAGUACACCGCCGACGCCUGGUACGACAUGAUGAAGCUAGCCUUCGAACACGGUGUCAACUUCUUCGACAACGCAGAAGUAUACGGCGGAGGUCUCGCGGAGAAGAACAUGGGCGCAGCUAUCAAGAAAGGCAUCGCGGAAGGGACCUGGAGCCGUGAGGACCUCGUCAUCACCACCAAGAUCUUCUUCGGACCUAAGGAUUUCAUGGCGGAACGACGUCCAAACGAGAUGGGUUUGAGUCGUAAGCAUAUUGUGGAAGGCACGAAGGCGUCGCUGAAGAGGUUGGAGCAGGAAUACGUCGACGUCAUCUUCUGCCACCGCCCCGAGCCGUACACGCCCAUCGAGGAGACUGUCCGAGCUAUGAACUACGUGAUCAACCAAGGCUGGGCCUUCUACUGGGGCACCAGUCAGUGGAGCGCUGCUGAGAUCAUCGAAGCGUGCGAGAUCGCCGACCGUCUCGGACUGAUCCGGCCCAUCGUGGAGCAGACGAUCUAUAGUAUCUUGGAUCGCAACAAGGUCGAGUUCGAGUAUGUCGAUUUGUACAAGAAGUACAAGCUCGGUCUUACGACUUGGUCGCCUCUUGCGUAUGGGGCACUGACCGGCAAGUACAGUGCUGGGACGCCUGAGGGUUCCCGUAUGGCCAAUCCGCUUUUCAAGUCUUUUUCGCCAGAUUUCGCGGAGCGUGUGGCCAAGGCAGACAAGCUGAAGCCUCUGGCUGAAAAGCUCGGUAUCUCUAUGGCAGAGUUGGCUGUCGCCUGGUGUGUCAGUAACGAGAAUGUGUCGACGGUCAUGAUUGGUGCCAAGACGUUGGAGCAACUGGGGCAGAACCUCAAGGCACUUGAGGCGUUGGAGAAGAUUACUCCGGAAGUGAAGGCAGAGAUCGACUCGCUAAUUCCGUUUGUGCCGGAGCUAUCGAAGCCCGAUGGAGCUGAGAUGAUGCGAGCGCAGUUUCUGUAGUGGCAUACACAGAUCGUCAUCAGUGGCGGUAAUUCAUAGCCUCUCGAGCUUGGAAAUGCUACAUUAGCCAUACUACAAGCUGAAGAACGAUAGGUUUUCAGAGAUUUAAAGCAAUUGGAAAGUAUUGCUUGUAAGUGAGGAAUUUACUGUAUACGAAGCCUCCUAAUCCACACAUUGCACCUUGCGUGACCUAUACAGGUCAACGUACUCGAACUCCACA